AUGGGGGUCUGGACACAGGCGGUUGACGAGCAUGCCUCCAGGGCACUGGUCAUCGUGGUCCCGACGAUUGUGACCACGGUCAUUGCCGUCAUCCUCACUCUGCUGCGACUGUACGUGCGCAAGUUCGUCAUGAGGACACUGGCCUGGGAUGACUGGUUUAAUGUGCUCGCAACGUUGACCACCCUGGUCGCCAUGGCGUUGAUCCUCGCGGCAGUCCGGUAUGGCUUGGGACAUCACAUCGACAGCCUUGACAUGGAUCGCGCCGUUUACUGUGUCAAGCUGCUGCGGAUGUGUCUCUUUCCGUUGCUCUUCUCGACCAUCUUCCUGAAAAUAUCCAUCAGCCUGCUCCUGAUGAGACUUUUUCUCACGACCAAGAUAUGGAAGAUAUUCUUCUGGUGCUUCAUUGCCUUCAACACUAUUACCAGUAUCCUUGAUGCCGCUAUUGUGCUUCCCCAGUGUAGUCCUGUGGCCCGGGCGUGGGACAAACGAGUGGAUGGGACGUGUUGGCCCAAGACAGCGAUCAACGGGGCAGCAAUCGCGCAAGGAUCCAUUGCCGCAGGAACCGACAUCGUGCUGUCCAUCCUACCGAUCGUAUUUCUGUGGCGGGUCAAGAUACCAAUCAAAGUGAAGGGGGCUAUCUGCGGGCUUAUGGCAUUGGGAUUUGCGAGCGCAGGGUUCUCCCUCGCACGCACCAUCCUCGUAUCCACACUGACCGAGUCAACGGACCCAACCUGGGACUACGUCAAUCUCUACAUGUGCGCCUUCCUCGAAUCCUCCAUCGGCGUCAUCGCCGCCGCCGCACCCUCGACACGACCCCUCCUCCGCCCCAACUUCUGGAACAAGGAAUACUCUCGCUCACGAUCCCGUUCUCUACCCCUCCACACCGUAACAGCAAAGAAAAUCCCAGGUCGCGUAUGGGGCGACACUCUCUUCGACACCAGAUUCGAUCCCGAAGAACGACCGUGCGGGUCGAGAGAUAGUCAAACGGGUCUGUGGCCGCAGCUCAGCAUGGCGAUUAUGAAGAGGACGUCGAUUGAGGUGGUUACUAAUGAGGUGGUUACUAGUGAGGUGAAGGUGGUGAGGGGGGAGUAG